AUGGCAAAGGGGAGGAUCCAAAACUUGUUCCCUGUCAAAAGUACAAAGGACUCUCUUUCACUAAAUGGACAAUUGAAUAAGAUUGGCUGGGCUUUAGCUGUUUACAAAGACGAUCCUCUAUCUACUGCAACACGACAGAGCCACUACCGAUCCCCUAAAACCCUAAACCUAUACAUCAAGCGUAUUGCCUGUGAAAUUUUUGAGUGGUUAAGAUUGUUUUGUUUGGAUGGAUCAAAGGACUCAGAUGGAGAUGAAGUAUUUGAGGAGGCGGUGGAAGAGACUCCGAGGGUCGAUUCAGAGAAUAGAGACAUGAAGAAAGAUGAAACCGUUGACACAGUUGCAACUUCAGAGAGUAGUAAUGUGAAUUCAGAUCUAGGCAACGAGGUUGAGAUGUUUGAAGAGGCAAUUGGGGUUUCCGGUGCAAUUCAGCAUGCAGAUAAGGAGUCCGAGGCAAAAGCUGAUUUUUUGAUGAAUGAGUCUUCUGACGAUGAUCAAAUUGCUACAGAGAAACUUGUGAUGGAUGAAAGGAAUAGGUUGAUGGAUGGCACUGCUGUUGAGAAUGGAGUAGGUGACACCGAUUCUGUUGCUUCUGGAAAAACUGAAAAUCUAAAUGACAUGAAUGAGUUCAAUGAAAAGUUUGGUAAGUCUCCUGAGAAUCCUGAAACAGGUGCAUCGAAUCCUGCAGAGAUGAAGAUCGCUGAUGCAGUAAUAAUGGAAGAAAAUAUUACUGAGAUGUCAGAAACUCGAGAUAUCAGUGAGUUAAAAGGGGUUGGUGUGGGCUCUGAGAAGCCUGACAUGAAGGAAGCCCAGAUUCAUGAGAUUUCAGAGAUUCGAGAUGCCAAUGAGGUGAAAGGAGGCGAUACUGUUAUGGAGAAGCCUGUGAAUGGCGUGUCAGAUCAUAUGAAUUUGGCUGAAACUUUGACUCAUGAAGACCCAAUCCUUUCAGAUACUGAUGCAUUGAAAGAACAGAGUCAUAAGACUUCAUCAGAAACCCAAGAUGCUAAUUCAGAUCAUAUGAAUUUAGCUGAAACUUUGACUCAUGAAGGCCCAAUCCUUUCAGAUACUGAUGCAUUGAAAGAACAGAGUCAUAAGACUUCAUCAGAAACCCAAGAUGCUUAUGUGAUCAAAGGAAUUGAAACUGAACCUUUGCCAGAGUCCGAGUCCAGUGAGAGUGUUUUGCAUCACGAUGAACCGAAUGUUGUGGUUAUCGUCAGAGAUCAAGUUGAAAAUUCACUCAUUUCUGGUGCCCUACUCAAUGAUGGUGAGAAUACAGAACUGAAGAAACUAGAGUCACACAGUGAGGAAGCUGACAAUCAGGAUAUAGUUGGGGAAGAGCAUGGGAGUAUACCAGCCUCAGAUGCUUCUGUGGCUGUUCAAGUGAACGAAAGUUCUGGAUUCGAUAAUAAUUUUCUUGCUGUAGUGGAGGAAAGCACAAAAAACCUAGAGGUUGUGAGUUCACCUUUGGUAAAAGAUUCCGUGGCUGAAAGUGUUGAGAAGACCCAUUUUAGCUCGUCUGAAUUGGUAGCAGAAAAUUCUGGGGCUUCUCAACCUCAGCUUGUCAAUGCAAGUGAUGAAGUCUCUGAAGUUGUUGUCGAUGAGCCAGAGAAGGAAGGACGGAAGGACAAGAAAGAGGUGCAGGUUGCUUCAGAGUUAAUCAAACCUGCUGCUGCUAACCCUUUAUCUCCAGCACAUCCUGCUAGCCGUGAGCAUGCGUCCCCGCAGCCUGUAGCUGAUAUUCUUCCAUCCAUUGUUAACUCUGCAACUCCUGCUCGUCCUGCUGGCCUUGGGCGUGCUGCCCCUCUAUUGGAACCUACUUCUCGGGUGGUACAGCAGCCUCGAGUGAAUGGAGCUGUUUCUCGAGUGCAGGACCAACUCAUUGAAGAUCCGACAAAUGGGGAGGCCGAGGAGUAUGAUGAGACCCGUGAAAAGCUCCAGAUGAUCCGGGUCAAAUUUCUGCGACUUGCUCAUAGGCUUGGGCAGACUCCCCAUAACGUUGUUGUGGCUCAGGUCUUGUACAGAUUAGGGUUAGCUGAACAGCUACGGGGGAGAAGUGGGGGUCGUGUUGCUGCCUUUAGCUUUGAUCGUGCCAGUGCAAUGGCCGAGCAACUUGAGGCAGGUGGACAAGAACCCUUGGAUUUCACCUGCACAAUCAUGGUUCUUGGUAAAACAGGGGUUGGUAAAAGUGCAACCAUAAAUUCCAUAUUUGACGAAGUCAAGUUUGGUACUGAUGCUUUUCAGUUGGGCACCAAGAAAGUUCAGGAUAUUGUUGGGACCGUGCAGGGAAUCAAGGUGCGCGUAAUUGACACCCCUGGGCUUUUGCCGUCCUGGUCAGACCAACGCCAGAAUGAGAAAAUCCUCCGUUCUGUCAAACGGUUUAUUAACAAAACAACCCCCGACAUUGUUUUGUAUCUGGAUAGAUUGGAUAUGCAGAGCAGAGAUUUUGGUGACAUGCCAUUACUGCGUACAAUCACUGAAAUUUUUGGGCCGUCUAUAUGGUUCAAUGCAAUUGUCGUUCUGACUCAUGCUGCAUCUGCGCCACCUGAAGGUCCCAAUGGCACUGCAACAAGUUAUGACAUGUUUGUAACCCAGCGUUCCCAUGUUGUCCAGCAAGCAAUACGUCAGGCUGCUGGAGAUAUGCGGUUGAUGAAUCCAGUUUCAUUGGUGGAGAACCACUUGGCAUGCAGAACAAACAGAGCUGGACAGAGAGUGUUGCCAAACGGUCAGGUUUGGAAACCUCAUUUGUUGCUUCUGUCCUUUGCUUCAAAAAUUUUGGCUGAAGCGAAUACAUUACUGAAGUUGCAAGAUAGCUCGCCUGGAAAGCCAUUUAUCUCUCGAGCAAGAUCGCCUCCUUUACCUUUCCUUCUUUCAUCCCUUCUGCAGUCAAGACCCCAAGUGAAACUGCCAUCAGAGCAAUUCGGCGAUGAGGAUGAUGCUUUAGAUGAGGAUCUGGAUGAGUGCUCAGACUCAGAAGAUGAAUCAGAAUAUGAUGAAUUACCACCAUUCAAACCAUUGACCAAAGCACAGCUGGCAAAGCUUACUAGAGCCCAAAGGAAGGCAUACUAUGAUGAACUAGAAUAUAGGGAAAAGCUUUUCAUGAAGAGGCAGCUGAAGGAAGAGAAAAGGCGACGGAAGAUGAUGAAGAAAAUGCAAGAAGCAGCUAAAGAUUUGUCUCCUGACCUCGGUGAAAAUGCAGAAGAAGAGACCAAUGGUUCUGCGUCUGUGCCAGUUCCUAUGCAAGACUUAGCCCUACCUGCUUCCUUUGAUUCUGAUAAUCCAACUCAUCGAUAUCGUUACCUUGACUCCUCUAACCCAUGGCUUGUGAGACCUGUCUUAGAACCUAAUGGUUGGGAUCAUGACAUUGGUUACGAGGGCAUAAAUUUAGAAAGAUUGUUUGUGGUAAAAGAUAAGGUACCGAUAUCUUUUUCUGGCCACGUUUCAAAAGAUAAAAAGGACGCCAACCUUCAAAUGGAAAUUGCAAGUUCAGUGAAACAUGGGAAUGGUAAAGCAACCUCUGUAGGUUUUGACAUGCAAUCAGUUGGAAAGGAUAUUGCUUAUACUCUUCGAAGUGAGACAAGAUUUAGCAAUCACAGAAUAAAUAAGGCCAUUGCUGGUCUUUCAGCUACUCUGUUGGGUGAUGUUUUAACUGGUGGAAUGAAAUUAGAGGACAAAUUAAUUGUUGGUAAACGAGGUCAGAUGGUUGUUUCUGGAGGAGCCAUUUUUGGUCGUGGGGAUGUUGCUUAUGGUGGUAGUCUGGAAGCAACGCUGAGGGACAAAGACCAUCCUUUAGGGCGUUUCUUAUCAACUUUGGGACUGUCAGUUAUGGAUUGGCAUGGAGAUCUUGCUAUUGGAUGCAAUUCGCAGACUCAAAUCCCUAUUGGACGACAUACAAAUUUUAUUGGCCGUGUCAAUAUAAAUAACAGGGGAUCUGGACAAGUUAGUAUUCGUAUCAACAGCACCGAACAGCUUCAGAUAGCCUUGAUCAGCUUAAUUCCUCUGGCUAAAAAGUUGCUUGGUUAUUCUCAGCCAGUGCAGUAUGUAUAA